CCGAAGCGAGCCGAAAGCAGCCGAACGAGCACGAGGCAACAGGCGGCUCGUUUUAAACCCGUGGUCUACGGGGAGUUUUCAAAGCAGUGGGCUGACAGUAAGCCGUCGGCGUUCGGAGCGUGUGCAUCGUUUCUACGUAUCGACGGUUUCUUUUCGGUGAAAAACGAACGUUUCGUUACGAUCGUUCUAGGUGUCGAUUUCGUUCGUUUUCGUCCUUUCGGAAACGCCACGCAUCAUUUAUACGGUUGAAUUUUGAUGUGCGGUAUCGUGAUUAUUGCGAGUGACGUAAUAUUGGAAAGAUCGUCGAAAAAGUGUCGAAUCACGGGAUACUUUGUGACCAUUGACCAUUGACGCGAUACAUAACGUAUAUAUAACGUAUAUAUAUAAAUAUAUAUGAUUGGUUAAAAUUAUUGGUGAUCGUGCAAAUGUCGAAAAAGUUGUCCCUCCUCCCCCUCCCCGCAUAAUUGAGCAGCGAUGUCGAAAAUAGGACGGGAGAAAAAAUAAAAUGGAUUUCGCGGAAGGUGACUGAACGGUUAAACAGUUUAUCGGUUAACGCGAAAAAAACGCGGGACGAGAGCUGUUUGAAAUCCCGAGUAAACACGCAGUAUUCUUGAGUAGACGAAAGUUUAUGUUUGACGACAAACAUCGAGCGGAUCGGUGAAGGUACGUGUACGUAGAUACAGAAGUCCGCGUAUUUGUCCUUUGGACGUUAACGGUGCCGGCUGGAAGAGAUCGGUUUUCCUUUACGGAAAAGUUUAGCCUGGACCGUUGGGACGUAAUUUUCACUCUAGGAAUCCGAUAAUGGAGGUUCUCGGAUUUGAAAAGCGUCGUGUCUAAAAUGUUUUUUCAACGUCUUGAUAAAUUGCUUUCUCGUCGAAAUCUCAAGAUGACGACAUCGUUAAACCGUGGAUUAAUCAUCUUGUCGCUUUUGACUGUUCUGUGUCGGGCCAACGAAUUAAAAGACUACUGUUCGAUACACAAGUUUGACAACUUACCACCUGGUGGUCUCAGAUUUACGAAAGAAGUCGUAACAACGGAAUACGCAAAUAUCGGAGCGUUCAAAGCACUUCAUUGCUGCCUGCGAGGAUACAGAAGCAUCGAAUGGUACAAGGACAACAGGGCCUAUCCUUGGCCAGGUGGCGAGAGCCACUUCAUCCUGUAUCCGGAGAGCGCGAACCAGACGAUUUACGCGCAGAAGGUGAGAGCCUCUGACGCGGGACGAUAUUCCUGUCAGGCGAGGAACGAUACCACCAUCCUCGAAGGGGAUAUCACGCUCGCCGUCCUUGGAGAGAAAUCGAGCGGAUACACGGGGAAACCGCUGCCAACGUACAGGCCAGCCUCGCAGUUGGUUCCGCUGGGAGGAGCUGCGAGAUUGUUUUGCGAGGCGUAUCUCGGGAAGGUGGAGCUGCCGGACGCGAAAAAUUCGGUGACUUGGUCGAAGAGCGACAGCAACGUCACGUUGCCCAGUCACGGAAGGAUCGCCCAGCACAAAGUGUCCAGGGAAAACAAUCAGAUCAUCGGCUCUUACUUGGAGAUCGAGGACAUCACUCUGGAAGAUUACGGGGAGUACAAAUGCGAAGUUAGCAACGGAGUGGACGAGGAGAUCACGUUACCCGCUCACGUUUAUCGACAAGAGCCACAAUUCGCGCUGGGACUGCAAAACGGAUCCUGGAGAAGAUCGUUCCUGGUGGGCGUUCUAGUGCUGGUUUUGCUGAUCUCGGCCGGUGCGUUCUACGCUCGUUGCUGGCUGCCACUGGUCCUGCUCUGCCGCGACAAAUUCGCCCCUCUCGAGGAGAACGAUGGAAAGGAAAGCGACGCCCUGGUAUGCUAUCACGAAGACUCGAACCUGGCCAUCGGCAUAGUGAUACCCACGUUGGAGUCGAGGCAUCGGUACAAGUGCACGUCGCUCGAGCUCUCCCAGCUGAAUCAGAAUUGUAAGACCGGACUUUAAUUAAACCUCCGCCUCUCUCUC